AUGGCGGACUGUGUGCAGCAAAGUCGACUACUUGCCCUACCGGCUGAGAUACGCAUGUCCAUCUUGGAACUGCUAUUCCCCGAAGACAUCUCGACUGACUACUUCUCUGCUGGACGUGCCGCUUCCGGGAUCAUAUUGAACGAGCGCUAUCGUGCAAGCUUGCAGCUUCAUGUUCUGCAAUCUUGCCGUCAGCUUUACCAAGAUGGCGGCCUUCUCGCUUUCCAGCGAACAGCAUUUGUGGUCAACAGCCUGUUCGUUGCAAAUAGCAUUAUAGAGCGCUUGGAGUAUCUGCAGUCCACGCAGCUUGGAUCACUACGCAGCAUCACGUUCGUGGCUGAUGCUAGGCACUUCCGGAAAUUGAUCGACUGGGGUCAGCAUCCUUUCGGCAACAGUUCGUUGCAGCUCGAUACCCUGACAAUCGUGCUUCAACGGUCGAGUUUUUGGCAUUACCUCAUGGACUUUACUUCGGAUAUAGUACAGCUGUUACGGGCAUUGCAGGGUGUCAAGCGCUUUGUUUUCGUUCGGAAUCAAGCUCUUGUGAAGGGCAGCUUCAAGACCUGGUGCAACCGCCUGAUUGGUCUGAUCAUGAAGAUCGAUCAUCAUGAGCGGUAUAACACGAACCUACCGAACCUGGAGAAAGUAUGGUGGACGUGGAGCUACGAUGAGGCAGCCCAUAGCUUCGCCUUGAACGCCCAAUCUCCGAAGCCCUUAAUUGACGAGGAGUCGUAUUUCAAGCAGAUACUGCCUCUGCUGGAAGCCUUACGAAUUAGCAUCGAAAGCGAGGAGUGGAAUCCGGAUCCACGCAGUUGGAACGGUACCUGA